AUGUCAUGUACACCACAACCACCACUUGACCCUACCCAAUUCAUACCAGACGACGACGAUGCCCUGAAUUCAAGCAGUGACUACGGAUCCGACUUUAGCGCCGAUGAAACCGACGUAUUGAACGAGCUACUCGCGCAAGUUGACGCGACCGGCCCUGUGGCGACAACGACCACAGCACCCCAACACCAUCCCAGCCCGACGCGACACGCUCUGACUCCUCCACCCGCAUCCGCACCUGUACCUGCAGUUAUCCCGGACAUUGAAGAUCUAGGCGACGAUGUACCGGGCGAUCGCGUGCCCAGAGUCCUGGGGCGGGAGAAGAGUCCCCUGUGGCAGGUUCAGACAGCUGGAGGUGCGCUCUCGGACGCGAUUGCACAUAAGGCAGGCUGGAUCCCUGUCUAUAGGGGGCCCACGAUUGUUGAGCAUCCCGAUUCCACGGAAGGCCGCGAACGGCAGCGCGAGAGGGAUGUAGCUCGCGAGCAAGCAAAUAUUGGCGGAGAUGCUGAUUCGAAGGCAAAGGCUUCGCUGGAUACGAGAUCACCCGUAGAACGCUUCCGACGCCCGCCUAAUAAGGCCUUCUCCGUUACUGAUUUAAUAUCGCCUGCCUGGUGUGAGGUGCAGUAUUGGUAUACAUUGACUAAACAUGGGAGGAAGCGGAGAACGCCGGCGAUGAAGAAGGGUAGUACGAUACACAAGACACUCGAGGAUGAGAUCUAUACGACUGUCCCGGUGCAGAUUACGACGAAAGAAGACGCGUUGGCGCUGCGAAUUUGGAACGUUAUACAGGGGUUGCGGACGUUGAGGGAGUUUGGGAUUACACGAGAACUGGAGGUAUGGGGCCUUGUGGAUGGGGAGUUGGUCAAUGGGGUUAUCGACCAGCUUUCUUAUGAGUGUCCUGACUCGGAGCUUGAGGCUUCGGCUGCCUCCCAUUACGCGGAGGCGGCGGCGUCGAGGGCUGUCUUACCCGAGUACCAGAUGUCGUUGACGGACUACUUGCUGUCUCCUGCGCAUGGAGGAAGAAAGCUUUCGGACCUUUCGCACCACGAAGUAGUGCCUGAGGCUAUGGAGGAUCCGGUCAGCAGUCAAUCCACCUCUGAACUCCAACAGCUGCCUCGGAUCUACUUGACAGACAUUAAGACGCGAGGAAGCAACUCCACGCCGACGGUCAAGAGUUCCUCGUUUCGUCCAACCUUACUACAGCUCCAGCUCUACUAUCACAUGCUGAACCGUUUGACACUGAGCGACGAUGUUACUAUUGACUUGCUGGCGGCGCGGUACGACCUCGACCCUAAAAAGACUUUCACCGACGCCUUCAUAUGUGAAGUCGGCUCCCUGAACGACCAAUUUUUUGAUGCAUUAUCUUCAAUGGAGUUCGAUCCAGAUUACAUCCCUACCCCGGAAGAUGCAAUCACGCGGCACCAGUCUCACGGCUCUGACAACUCUGGCUCAGUAUCAGAGGAGACAGAAAUGCAGUACCCUUCCGCAAGCCAGGAUUCCACCAGCGUCCUCCUUGCCCACAACAACCUUACGCGCCUAUGGAAACUCAUGAAAGAUCAACUCCGUUUUACCUUCCUCCCGCCAUCAUUAAAGUCCGCAGCCGUUGCCCCGUCGAUUCCUUCGGAAUUCCAACCCCCCAUGCUCGAGUCUUACCCGACAAUUCUGUCGCCGCUCUUAACAGCUCGCUACAUAUCUUCGGCUGCAACGGCAGAUUUACGGCCGCGCGUCCUGGGCAGCCGAUCCUUCCUAUUCGACCCAACCACGCUGGAAUCGUACGUGACUGAUCAAAUGGCUUGGUGGCGAGGACAGAGGACCCCGCGUGGUGUUGAGGUUAUGGAGGCUUGGAAAUGUCGCAUCUGCGAGUUCCAGGAAGAAUGUGAAUGGCGGCAGGAGAGGGAGUGGGCGUAUGCGAGGAAGAAGGGCUACAAUAUGGGAGCGUGA